CAAGAGGCAAGAUGGCGACAGGUGGCAGAGCAGCGGAGGAUCUGCAGCGGGGCCUUCUGCAGAUGCCGCUCCCCCCGCAGCCUAUGGCCCAGCCUGAGGAAGCCCAGGGCACAGGAGAGAAGAUGGGCUGGGCGCAGGUAGUAAAGAACCUGGCAGAGAAGAAGCGCGACUUCCGUGAGCAGUGGCGGGGAGAAGAAAGGGGCAGAGGUGCGGGUGGCAGGCUGGGCAGCCCCGCGGGCCUGGCCGCUCCGAACCCCGGCAACUUCCCACCUGCCGGCCGCGGAGACCCAAGGGGCUGCAGUAGAGACCCUGUGGGCUACGCGGCAGAAGCUUGCAGGAUGAAGGGAGCUGGAGACGCGAAUCAGAGGAAGAUGGCCCAGGUGGCGGUGGCUGCCGCGGCGGCGGCUAUGGCGUCCCCUGCCAGGCCUGGUGCGACCAAAGAAGCCACUGCAGGGCGCCCACUCCAGGAUGAGCCUCCAGCCGCCAGGCUGGGUAAGGGCCGCUUCCUUGUGCGCAUCUGUUUCCAGGGAGAAGAGAGUGCCUGUCCGACCCGGGAUUUCGUGGUGGGCGCACUCAUCCUGCGCUCUGUCGGCAUGGAUCCUGGGGACAUCUAUGCUGUCAUCCAGAUCCCUGGCAGCUGCGAGUUCGAUGUGAGCUUCAGAUCCGCAGACAAGCUUGCCCGGUUUCUCCGCAGCUAUGAGGAAAAGCGGGAGCUGGACGACUGCUGGGAGAACUUUGUGGUGUUGGGGCGGAGCAAGUCCAGCUUGAAGACCCUCUUCAUCCUCUUCCAGAAUGAGACCGUGAAUGUGGAGGAUAUUGUGACCUGGCUCAAGCGCCACUGUGAUGUGCUGGCCUUGCCAAUGAAAGUGACUGACAGGUUUGGGAUCUGGACUGGGGAGUACAAGUGCGAGAUCGAGCUGCGCCAGGGGGAGGGCGGACUGAGGCACCUGCCUGGAGCCUUCUUCUUGGGAACAGAGAGGGGCUACAGUUGGUACAAGGGGCAGCCCAAGACGUGCUUCAAAUGUGGUUCUCAGAACCAUAUGACCAGCACCUGCAAUCAGGACAGGUGUUACAGGUGUGGGGAAGAAGGGCACAAGAGCCCUUACUGCCGGAAGAUCAUCAUGUGCAACCUCUGUGGCAAGAGAGGACACGUGUUUGCCCAGUGUCCCAAAGCAGCUCAAAAUUCCGUGGCAGAUCACCUCACAGGCGUGGCGGGGCACUGAAUGUGUGGCUCCCUCCGAGGUGAACACACAGCCAUCUUACCCUUCUUAAGUGCCAAAACUUUUUUUUUAAGACCAUUUUUCUCUUUUUCGACGGAGAUAUUUCUAAAACUUAACAGAGACAUUCUCUCUAUGCCUUUUAAAACCACAUGUGCUCCUUUUCAUCCUGUUUAAAAAGAACU